UUAGGCCUGGUUCACACUACAUGCAUUUCAGUUGCGUUUUUUCUCCAUCCAAAAUGCACAGAAAGUAGGUUAUAUGGUUGCUCAGUGUCAUAGUUCACAUCAGUGCUUGCAGUUCCAGUGCGUUCCGGUUGCAGAAAAAAAAAGUAGAGCAGGCUGCAUUUUUUUAUGCACAGAGCUGUACUGGAACACAGUAAAACGCAUCAGAAACGCACCGAAACACACCAAAAACGCACCAGAACGCACAUGUCAUUAUUUAAAUUGAAGAAAACAAGAGAGGAAAAAAUGAACUGAAUGCAUAA